CAACACAUUCUCCUCUCAUCUCCUCUGCCCUCUCCAUCUUCCAUCCUGAAUUCUCCCAAUAUUUUAUGGGCAGGAAAUUCCAUUCCCACCUCCCUUCUUUCCUUGCCUCCAUUUAUCAACCAAAGAAGCCUUCUUUCCACCCUCUCCUUUCUCCAAAUUAUUCCCUUUACUUCUUCUUCCUCUCAUCUCUCCUCACAACACACUAGCUUCCAUCACUAUAUAACCCAAAGACUGAACAUUUUUUAGCACCUGAUCUGCUGUGACCCUUCUCUCGAUUUAUACUCAUCAUUCUGAAAAACCCAACAGAAUGGUUUCAUCCCUUUCUCUGUUCAUCUCCCUCGUUCUGCUUUCCUUGGCUAAAGGAAUUCAAGGAGCCACAUUUACAGUGGUGAACAGGUGUCAAUCCACGAUUUGGCCGGGGAUUCUGGCCAACGCGGGCAGCCAGCCACUAGACAGCACGGGCUUCGAGCUUCCCUCAGGCGGGACCCGCACCUUCCAAGCCCCACCCAGCUGGUCGGGCCGGUUCUGGGGCCGGACCGGCUGCCAGUUCGACCCGUCCACCAACCAGGGCACCUGUCUCACGGGUGACUGCGGGUCGAACCAGAUCGAAUGCAAUGGCCAGAACGCGAAGCCGCCCGCCACGCUGGCGGAGUUCACCGUUGCCCCCGCCGGCGGGCAAGACUACUAUGACGUCAGCCUCGUCGACGGCUACAACUUGCCAAUUGUGGUCGAGCCGAUGGGAGGGUCGGGCGGUACUUGUUCCUCGACCGGGUGCGUAACCGACCUGAACCGGCGGUGCCCGUCGGAGCUCCGGGUCGGGUCGGGCGCGGCCUGCAAUAGCGCCUGCGAGGCGUUCGGGACCCCUGAGUACUGCUGCAGCGGGGAGUUCGGGUCGCCUGACACGUGUAAGCCGUCGCGUUAUUCGGAGAUGUUCAAGUCGGCUUGCCCCCGGGCGUAUAGCUACGCUUACGAUGACGCGUCGAGUACUUUCACUUGUAGCGGAGCCGAUUAUAUGAUUACAUUCUGCCCUUCUUCCACGAGUCAAAAGUCUGCAAAUGUUGGGCCUUUGUCGAUAUCGGCGACGACAGGUUCCGAUAACGGCCCAACAGAAUCAGGAGAUGGGCCUUUGGGAAUCAACACAUCAUGGUUGCCAAAUUUCGUGACUGGAAGCUCUUCUUCUCCCAUUCCUUCAUCCUCUUCUUGGACAUGGCCAUUCAUGAUUGCUUCAGCUUAUUUGCUCUUUUCUUCAUUCUAAGUUCUUUCCCCUCACUUUAAGCUUCCACAUUGUAAAGCCAAAUUUUUUCUGUAUCUACUAGAGAAGCAAACAUAUUGAUUGCGGAUAAAUAAACCAUUCUUGCUAUUUUGGUUUGCCCAAAUGAUCGGUAUUUGACUAUGCCAGUGUUAAAGAUUAAU